AUGGCUCCAGAUCAGCCUUCUAUAAUUCAUGGCCCGUCAGCUCCGAUCCCCGUGUCAAUGACAUUUGGACAAUUGAUUUCCCACCAUGCACGAGACAAACCGAAUAGUUAUGCUGUGAUUUCACAUCAUCAAGGAAUUAAAUUGACCUACAAAGAACUUGAUGACAACAGCACUGCCCUUGCAAAGUCAUUUCGAGGAUACAAUGUUGGGAAAGGGGAUAUGGUUGCUAUUAUGCUGGGUAGUAGGACGGAAUACCUCGAGGCAUUUUUUGCAUGUGCCAAAAUUGGAGCAGCAAUUGUCCUCCUCAACUAUGCCUUUACUUUUGACGAGAUUGUGGCAACCUUGGGUCCUGUCGCACCGAAGCUCUUCAUUGUCGCACGUAGUGUUGGCAAAUUCGAGUAUGGAAACUUCCUUUCUCGACUACCUAGCAAGCUACCCUCCCUGCAAGCAUUGGUUAUCGUGAAUUACCACAAGACCCAGAAAGAACUGGGACCAAAAAUGGUCGCAUAUGAAACCCUCAAAACGCAGAACCAAACAGCAGAUUUGGGCAGUCUCGAUGUUUCUCCUCAUGAUAUUGUCAACAUCCAAUUUACCUCUGGCAGCACUGGGACCCCCAAAGCAGCGGCUCUUAGUCACUACAACAUUAUGAAUUGUGGACAAUAUAUUGGGCAGCAACUUACAAUGAUGGAUUCAGACCGAGUUUGCUUGCCUGUUCCGCUGUUUCAUAGUUUCGGUCUUAUUAUCGGUAGCCUUUUUUUGUUCUUUCUUGUUACUCCAUCUCUGAUUUCUUUACUAGGUAUAUGCACGAGCAUGUGGAAGGGAUCAUGCCUUGUCUUUCCGGCAGAAGUAUUCAACGCCAGUGCCACCGUCGAAUGUAUUGAAAAGUACCGAUGUACUGGUAUAUACGGGGUCACGACGAUGUUUAUCGAGGAGAUGAACAGUGCCAACUUUCGCAAGACUGACCGGUCAUCUCUAAAGUUUGGAAUAAUGGCCGGAUCUGCCAUGCCUCCCGACCUACUACAAAAAGUCACCACCAGCUUCCCCGUUCCUCGCCUGUACACAAACUGGGGCAUGACCGAGCUUUCAUCCAUCACCACAAUGACACACCACACGGAUCCCAUGAGCAAACGCAUACACUCUGCUGGGCGCCUUUUCCCUCACUUUAGCGCAAAGAUCGUGCAGCCGGGCACAGGGCGUGUUCUUCCCUGGGGUCAAAAGGGGGAAAUUGUAGUUUCCGGGUACGGAGUCAUGCGCGGCGGUUAUCUUCACAACGCGUCAAAGACAGCUGAGACGUUGAAACACCACCCAGAAGAUUUGGAGCUGAAUGGUAUAGGACCCAUUGGUAAUGCCAAUGGUGGUGGUGAUGAUGGUGGGUACUUAAGAACAUGGCUACAUACCGGCGACGAAGGCUUCUUCGACGACGAGGGUUACUUUGUAAUCACGGGUCGGAUCAAGGAUAUCAUAAUCCGCGGCGGGGAAAAUAUUUCUCCAGUUGAGAUUGAAGAGCGACUCUUUGCGCAUCCAGCUAUCGUGCAGGCUUCUGUUAUUGGCGUGCCCAGCGCAAGGCUUGGAGAGGAACUGGCUGCCUUUGUGGAGUUGGAAAGGGGUCAUGCGAUGCCGACGGACGCGGAGCUUCAGGAAUGGGUACGAGCGACGCUGAGCCGGUUCAAAGCGCCGAGAUAUUUUUGGUGGAUAGGCGGUAGUCAACAGGGUGUUCCGCGUGAAUGGCCAAAGACGGCAUCUGGGAAGCUGAGGAAGCCGGAUUUGCGUGUGGUUGGAAAUAGUAAGUGUAUUCUUUAUCCGGUUUGGGAUAUUUUGGGACCCAAGAAACAGCAACAGCCGGCAGCACAGUUUCAGGGUGUCUUCCGAAUCAAACAGAAUAAGAAUACAAAUAAUAAACAACAUGACACGAUAAAGCAUGCACAGCAGACAAAUUUCCAGCUUACGCAGUCUGCUACGCCUGCGUCUUCGUCUAUGACGGAGGAAGAACAUGUCUUUCAUUCGCGACGGAGUCAUCGGAAAUCGCGACUAGGGUGUGGGAACUGCAAGAAGAGGAGAGUCAAGUGCGACGAGACAAAACCAGAAUGUACACGCUGUUUAAAAUACGGAGUUACAUGUGAUUUCUCGUCUGAUGCAUCUAUUUCAAAUUCGAGCUCGAGUUCGUCAGACUCGGACGGUACUAUUAGUUCACCGGAGGAUCUCCAGAUGGUAUUAUUGAGCAACAGCUCGCCGGAUAUGGCAGCUAGCAGCAUGUCACUUACAAUUGUUGAGCGCUCGAUAGCGCAGAUUGUUGGCCUUGAUAAUGAACAGCUGGGCUAUGGUGACAGAAUGUACCUACUCGGGGUUGGUGAUCUGUCCUCGCAGCUGAUGAAUUUGAGCGUAUUGCACAAUUUUAUCACGCGAAGCACAGAGGCUAUUCCGGAUGCUAAGAUGAAAAAUACUAUGAAGACGGGCCUGAUUCGGACUGCGUUUGGAAACGCACAUCUGAUGCAUACGGUGUUGGCGGCAUCGUAUCUCCACUUGAAUCACACUCGGGCGGGCAACAAGUAUCGGCGCGUGCAAGAAGCUUUCCACUGGCAGCGCGCUAUCCAGCUGUACCAAGGCGAGAUUCAGACAGUGAUUGGACCGCAUAAUACAGACGCGCUCCUGGGCAGCUGCAUCCUGAUGGGCAUGAAUACACUGUUGCCUGUGGGGUUUAAGCCACAGGAUUCGUGGGUGUUCACGCGCAACCCAGCGGACCUGAACUGGCUGGCGCUGCAAGGGGGUCUGCGCUGUCUGAUUCAAUUGACGCGGCCAUUCAUCGCAGGCAGUAUUUGGGGAGAACCGUUCCAAGAAUCGGGCGAUCAACUCAAGCCAUUCCAAACAGAAGUGGCCGGUCGUGUCGACAUGCACGAGGCGCUGGCUGAUUUGUGCGAAAUCGACGACAGCACGACCCCGGAAACAAAUCCAUACCACUGGCACAUCCAGCUGCUGAGCCGCAUGCUGACCCUCGAGCCCUUUGACCAGCUAGCCAACUACAACAUCUUCGUGUCGUGGAUGGGCCAGAUUCUGCCCGAGUUCAUCACGCUGUUGCGCGUCAACGACGAACGUGCGCUGCUCAUUUUGAGCUGGUGGAUGGCGCUCAUGUGCGCGACGGCAUCGUACCAGGUGUGGAUUCAUGCGCGCAUUGUGCCCGAGUGCCAGGCGAUUUGCAUGUAUCUGGAAGAGAACAGCAGCAACCGUGAGAUUCUGCGGCUGCUGCAGUGGCCGGCCGCAGCGUGCGGAUAUCGGGACUGGACGACGGAGGCGCUAGAGCGGGUGACUAUAAGCGAGCGUUUUGAGUGGACGUGA